UAGCUUGAAAUUUUGCAUUGUGGUUGUGGAACUGCUAUAUUCACAAGUAAUCCUCUCUCUAUUAUGGCAGGAACCAGGCAAGGCUUCAGAAAAACCUAAUGUACCUAGCUGCCAUUGCUGAUUCGCAGCCUCAACCUCAUACCAUGCAUUCUCAAUUCCCUUCCAGUGGCGUUAUGCAUCCAGGAUCUCACUACCUUCAGCACCAGCAAGCUCAACAGAUACCUCCACAAUCGCUCAUGGCUGCAAGUUCCUCUAUGCUCUACAGCCAACAGCAGUUUUUGGCACUGCAACAACAAGAAGCCUUGCACAGCCAGCUUGGCAUGAAGUCUGGUGGACGCAGUGGACUUCACAUGCGGCAAAGUGAAGCUACUAGUGCUGGAAGUAAGCAAGAUAUUGGGUCUGCUGAAGGGCGAGGGUUGUUUAACAUUUGAAAUUCUAGAAAAGAUAAGUUUGGGAAAAAGUAUUUAAAAGAAUUGUGGAAAGACUAGCUUGCUUAGUUGACUUGUUACGUGAUGCAAACUGUGAAGAUUACCUUUCCGAGCACAGGUUGUGUGAAGGUUUUAGAUAACGCUUCUCAUGGUAGUGUCUUAUGUAGUAAAUCUGUAUGUCCCAAUAGGAUUGCCUUCUGCAUUAUCUUUUAUAGUUACUUUUUUUCCUGUGUUCUGUUUUGUUUUAAAAUUUUGGGUAUGGCUUUAUCAGUACUUGAAUGACUUGGAUUUGAUUUAGUGUGGUGCACCUAACUACUGUGAUUUUUGGAGUUUCCCUGUAUUUUUUGUUGAUUUAUAGCUAAUGAACAUCUUUUUGUGCUA